AUGAGUUCUGUUGAGGAUUCCAAUGAAGCCGCUAUCGAACAAUGGAAGAUUCGGAGGUUGAUCAAAAGCUUGGAGGCAGCUCGGGGGAACGGUACUUCGAUGAUCUCAUUGAUCAUCCCUCCCAAAACCCAAGUUGCUCAGAUGGCAAAGAUGCUUGCAGAAGAGUAUGGUACCGCGUCCAAUAUCAAGUCACGGGUUAACAGAUUGUCUGUUCUUUCUGCUAUUACAUCUACUCAGCAGCGACUGAAAUUAUACAAUAGGACGCCCCCUAAUGGUUUGGUACUUUACUGUGGUACUGUUCUCACUGAUGAUGGCAAGGAAAAGCAGGUCACUAUUGAUUUCGAGCCUUUCAAGCCUAUCAAUACUAAACUGUACUUGUGUGAUAACAAGUUUCACACUGAGGAUUUGAAUCAGCUGUUAGAGUCCGAUGACAAGUUUGGAUUCUUGGUUAUGGAUGGUAAUGGAAGUCUCUUCGGAACAGUACAAGGCUCUAACCGAGAGGUACUUUACAAGUUUUCAGUAGAUCUUCCCAAGAAGCACGGUAGGGGUGGUCAGUCUUCCAUGCGUUUUGCUCGAUUAAGGCUCGAAAAACGACAUAACUAUCUAACCAAGGUUGCUGAGCUUUUGACGCAACAUUUCAUCACUAACGAUAGGCCUAAUAUCGCCGGACUUGUGUUAGCAGGAAGUGCCGAGUUCAAGAACGACUUGGCCAAUUCGCAGUUUUUCGACCCACGUUUAGCGGCCAUCCUUAUCAAAGUGGUGGAUGUGAGCUACGGUGGAGAGAACGGCUUCAAUCAAGCGAUUGAGCUUGCCUCUGAUACGUUGAAGAACGUCAAAUUCAUCCAGGAGAAAAAGCUUAUCACGAAGUAUUUCGAGGAGGUAGCCCAGGAUACGGGAAAGGUCUGUUUUGGUAUUGACGAUACUCUAAAGUGUUUGGACAUGGGUGCUGUGGAGACCCUUAUAGUGUUCGAGAAUCUCGCCAUCAACCGUUAUCACAUCCGGAACCCUCAUACCGACACUGAGGAUGUCCUUUACCUCUCACCCGAACAGGAAAUACAAGAGAGCUACUUCCGCGAUGCUGAUACUGGUGUAGAGCUUACUGUGGUGGAAAAGAUGCCUAUCACUGAGUGGUUGGUCAAUAACUACAAGAGCUUCGGAGCCAAGUUAGAGUUCGUGACCGAUAAAAGUGAGGAAGGCGCCCAGUUCGUCCGUGGGUUUGGUGGUAUUGGCGGCCUCUUGCGUUACGCUGUUCAAUUGGAAGCCCUCGAGGAGUGGGAUGGUGACUCUGAUGAUGACUUCAUGUAA